GGAGGCGAUGUGACUAAUCUAGCCACUGUCUGCUCAGGGCUUGGACAACCUAGAAGAAAGCACCGCAGCAGCCAAUAUCAGAUGACUACUAUAGCCACUGUCUGCUCAGGGCUUGGACAACCUAUGGGAAAGUGUGUGCGGAGGCAGCCGUUCUCCUAUCUGUUCACCGAGCAGAUUCUAAAUGCUUCCUGUAGCAAUUUAGACCGCUAUGAAUUAACAAAUAAGGUUGAAAGCAGCAGCCAAAGAAAAACUUUAAAAGUUGGUGGGAGUGUCGCGACUAUCUAG